UUCUGCGCCCGGUCAGUGACGCGCACGCGCUCUGACACGCGGGCGCGAUGCCUCCGUCACCACCCUCGCCCUGUGGCGCGCACCCACAACCCACCUGCGGCCGCAGAGACCCUUCCCGGGCUCCAGUUACGCGCACGCGCGCCCCACUGCCUCCCUACGCACCGGGACCCCGCCUGGCGCGCGCACGCGCCCUCGGCUCUUCCCCGGCGUCGCAGCCCGGGCGCCUUCUCACGCUAGAAGCGGAGGAACAGGGAGCGCGCGAGAAGCGCGGGCUGUGGCUAGCUGAUCGGCGCGUCGCGCUCGCCCGGCGAUGGCGGCUAGGCUCUUUUCAGAUGCCAGGCAGAGCCACGACUGCCAACCCGGGCUGCGGCGAGGCGAACGCGCUGGUUGCUUGUUUGACCACCACAUUGGGAAACUGAGGCUCGAGCCGCCUAGGGCUCCGUUUCCCUGCUCUGCGAGCCCAGCCGACGUUUCCUCACGAAGCCCCGCAGUGAGGAAUGAGCGGCCACCUGAGGACUGCACCGGGCAGGGAGCGCGAACUCAGGUCGGUGCCGCGGGACAGUGGUCCUGCCCUUUCUAUUCAUCAUCUGCUGCAGGACAGCAUCAUAUUCAAGGAUGUAGACAUGAUGGACAGGAGGGGCGAAAUCUCUACAAAUACUGCAGCCUGUCCCCAGAUUGUGUUCCUGUUGCUCUCUGAGUUCUAACGCUUCCUGUUAAGGACACGAUGUCUAAGUCUAAACGCCAUGAAUGGAGAUGGUCUGCUGCCUG